ACGUUGAUUUCUGGCAGCGCUGGGUAUAAAUAGGUCCUCACCAGCCAGCUGCAAUACUGAUUAUCUUGUUGCUCUCCUGACACUGCCAGAAACAACAGACAGCCACCAGCCACCAUGCAGUCCAGCCUGUCCAUUUGUUGCCUCCUUCUCCUGUGCUCGGUGCUGGCAGAGGCCGCCACAAGAAAGCCAAAGAAGCAGCCGGCAGCUGACGUCAACAGCACAGCUAAACCUGACGCAGAACCAGAGGCGGCUGUCACUCAAGCCAAAACGCUGUCCAGAGGCUGGGGAGACAAAAUUCAGUGGGUUCAGACUUAUGAAGAGGCUUUGGCCAAGUCCAGGGAAGCAAAGAAGCCUCUUAUGGUGAUUCAUCAUUUGGAAGACUGUCCCUUCAGUCAAGAACUGAAGAAAGCAUUUUCCGCUGACACUUUUGCACAGAAGCUGGCUCAGGAAGACUUUGUGAUGCUGAAUGUGGUGCACCCUGUGGCCGAUGAGAACCAGUCCCCAGAUGGACACUACGUACCAAGAGUCAUGUUUGUGGAUCCAUCAAUGACUGUUCGGACAGACCUGGCCGGAAGAUAUUCCAACAGAAUGUACGCCUAUGAAGCUGGAGAUAUUCCAGAGUUGAUCACAAAUAUGAAGAAAGCUAAAAUCCUCUUACACACUGAAUUGUGAGUGCCUGCUCAUUGAGUGAAUCCUCCAGUGCAGUAAGGAAGACUAUGACGCACUGAUCAGCACCGCCAACAAGAGACAACAUGAGCCCCAAAGACUAAAUUCCAACCUAUGAUAACAUAACACAGGGUGAACCCGAUGCCACAAGAACUCAAAGUUAGCGUCCAUCUAUAACUAGUCAUUCAAUCUGUUACUAAGCUUCUUCUCGUACGGACUAGCUUCCAUCAUGAUUAUACAGACAACUGCUAGGCUGAUCAGUCUGCCUUUUCUUUUACUGAUUGUUUGAAUGUCAAUUUGCAUACUGUCACUUAUGUGCGUAGGUAACUCAAAAGACCCAUAGUGCACUGGUCAAGCUGACUCUACCUUUUGUUUGCUAUAGUACUGAGCAAACAUGGUAACACCCAUUGGUCAAUAUUAGCAUUUGUGCUAAAAGUCUACGCCAUCCAUGCGGAUGUUAGCUCUAUGCUAGUAGUAAAGAUUAGGCAGCAGAUCUGCUAUGUUGCUGCAGUAUCCACCUGUACUAACUGUAAAACACACUUUGGUCUUAAAGCCUUUUAAAUGGACACUAAAUUGUCUGUAUAGAUAUAGGCAAAACAUUGCUGAGCCUCCCUUGUCCACGCUGCCCACCUCACUCAGGUAGCCGGGCGGGGAGCAAGUCAAACUGUGCAUGAAAAUUUGUUGCAUUACCUGCAGGCACAUGGGGAUUCCUGCUCACACUUCCUUGCACACCUUCAAAUCAACAGGUCACCUCCACUGUAACUUUAUACAUUUUAUACAAAAUAUUUACUAUGUGUUUGUUCAUUAAAGAAAAUAUGUGUUUUAUCCAAA